AUGGGUAUUCUCGAGAGGAUCGCCGAAAUUGAGAGGGAAAUUUCGCGGACGCAAAAGAACAAAGCUACCGAGUAUCAUUUGGGUCUGCUGAAGGCAAAGCUUGCCAAGUAUCGAGCCCAGCUGCUUGAACCGUCCAAAACCAAGGAAAAAGGCGAGGGCUUUGAUGUACUAAAGAGUGGAGACGCUCGUGUGGCAUUGAUUGGGUUUCCCUCCGUCGGAAAGUCUACCCUGCUAAGCACCGUCACAAACACACAAAGUGAAUGUGCCUCUUACGAGUUCACCACAUUGACCUGUAUUCCUGGCGUCAUCGAGUAUAAAGGGGCCAAUAUUCAGUUGCUCGAUUUGCCCGGUAUCAUCGAAGGUGCUUCUCAAGGCAAAGGCCGUGGUCGACAGGUAAUUGCUGUGGCGCGAACUGCCGACCUGGUCAUUAUCAUGCUGGAUGCUACAAAGAGCGAAGUGCAACGAGAACUUCUCGAGAAUGAGCUCGAAGCUGUGGGCAUCAGAUUGAACAAGCAAAAGCCAAAUAUUUACUUCAAAGAAAAGAAAACCGGUGGUGUCUCCUUCAACUCGAUGUGUCCAUUGACACACAUUAAUGAGAAGCUCGUUCAGAUGAUACUCCACGAAUACAAAAUCUUCAACUGCGAGAUUCUUUUUCGCGAAGACAGCACUGCCGACGAGCUAAUCGAUGUUAUUGUGAGGAACCGUGUCUACCUUCCGUGUCUUUACAUUU